GACAGAACUUUGGGUGAUUUUUGGUUUCUCUUGUGCCCCAAACCGCCCAAACCAGAGCACUUGUUGGCACACCAGGCACACGAACACGAACAUUUUUCAAAAUAAAAUCUGGCAGCUCUGGCUAGUUUGUUACUACGUAACUAUAAAUAUAGGUUAGUAAAGCGAAGAAUGGUAAAUAUAAACGGUAUAAACAAGUGAACGAUGUGUGGAAUUUUCUGUUUCAUAUCAAAUGUGAACUCGAUUCAACUCGGUGACGAUGUUGUAGGUUAUUUACAAAUUCAGGCAAAAAAAGGUUUAACUUGUGAUAAAAUCGAAAGCGACUGUUAUGCUGUUGCAUCCAAAACUGUUCUCAGAAUAUGUUAUUUCCAGUUAGAACAAUGCAAGUGUCUUAUAAAUAACAGAGGUCCAGACGCGACAGAUUGGACAGUUUAUGAUUCGAGGGUGCUUCUCUUCAGCGCUGUUUUAUGGCAACAGGGAGCAGAACUUUCUCGUCAACCUGUUGAUGGUGAUAGAUACGUUCUACUGUUUAAUGGCGAUUUGUUUAAUAAAAAAGAAGACAGAGAAUGUAGUGAUACAUUAUGGUUAUACAAAACAAUCGAUGCCAUUCAUGAUAUCUCACAGAUAUUUAGAACAUUGCUAGGUUCUUUUAGUGUAAUAUUGGUUGACAAAAUAUUGCAAAGGGUUUACUUUGCACGUGAUAGCUUGGGUAGGAAUUCAUUGUUGCUUGGUCGGAGCAAAUUAGGAAUCUUUAUCAGCAGCGCGUUAGCAAAAAACAGUAUGGUAUACGAUACCAUUGAACUACCACCAAAUGGAGUAUAUUUUGUGGAUUUGACAAAGCAAAAUUCAGAAAUAAAAAUGUUACCGUGGAGUAAAAACUUGGAUGUAACAAAUUUUAUUGCUAUUCUAGACGAAUCCUUCUUUAGUCUUCCAUGGCACGAAAGUACGAUUAUCAAAGAAAAUUUUGAUUAUCAUAACAUUCUAAAAAAUAUAGAGAAACGUGACGAGUCUCUUUUUGAUUUUUUAUUAAGUAUACCUGCUAUUUCGAAAACAUGCGAAGAAUUGAUCCGAUUACUCGAGGAAUCUAUUGAAGAAAGAAUUAUAAAUACUCCAAAAUAUUGCAAGCAAUGUAUAAGAUUGCAAAAUCCGUGUGAACAUGCACGGAUUGGAAUUCUUUUUUCAGGUGGAAUUGAUUGUGCCAUAAUCUCACUGAUAGCAGAUCGAUUUGUGGAUCAAAACAUUCCUAUAGAUUUGCUAAAUGUAGCCUUUGAAAAAAUCAAUCGAGAGAAGCCUCUGAAUGUGGUAGAGCUAAAGUCGACCAAACUGAUAGAUUGGAACGUUCCUGAUCGAUGUACGGCAAAGCAAACUUUAAUAGAACUGCAGCGCCUCAAAUCUAGUCGUAAAUGGCAGCUUGUAGAAAUUAAUGUAACUCGCCAAGAAUUAGAGAGCAAUAGACAACGAAUAUCUGAUUUAGUUUUCCCUUUGAAAACAGUGCUGGAUGAAUCACUAGGGGCUGCCCUAUGGUUUGCUUCCCGUGGUGUUGGUAUAUUAAAAGGUGUAGAAUAUUCAUGUCAAAGUAGGGUUUUGAUUGUGGGAUCAGGAGCUGAUGAAUUAUUUGGUGGGUAUUCGAGACAUAAAGCUGCCUUCUACAGGAAUCUCAGUACUACAGAUUUGCGAUUUAGUGAUAACGAUAUCCAGGAAGCUUAUAAUAACUUGACAGAAGAACUUGAAUUAGACUGGAAGCGACUACCAAGCAGAAAUUUAGCGCGGGAUGAUAGAAUAAUAUGUGAUCAUGGUGUAACACCGCGAACUCCCUAUUUACAGGAGGGUUUUGUUUCAUUCGUAAAGAGUUUAAAAGCUUCACAAAAAUGCUAUCAUCCUUUAGGUGCGGGUAUUGGGGAUAAGCUUAUAUUGCGAUUGUGUGGAUAUAAACUGGGACUGAAAGCUGCUGCGUUCCUUAAAAAACGAGCUUUACAAUUUGGCUCUAAAGUUGCUGAUCGUAAGCAGAAUGCUAGUGAUAAUUCCAGUUUUCUUCAGAUGAUGUAACCAUUUGAUUACUAUUUCAUUAAAAUUAUCCUUAUAACGCUUGAACAAUUA